AUGCGUGUCCUGUUCACCACCCUCUCAGCAUUGGCUCUCUUCUUCGCCGCUAGUGUUGAAGCAUGUGCUAACUACGAAGAUUGCAAAUGCCAUGUGCCAGGCACUGACCUGCAGAACAAUGAAGCCACACAAAAGGCUUGCGAUCAGUACGCCAGAGACCACAACGCUCAGGCCAAGUUCUCUGCGGACCCUCAUCAUCAGUGUACCACGAGUGGACUUAGCAAUGGAGUGAUCGAUAACUGCGACUUUGACACUGCUUGCAAAGCUCAGGGAGAUUUUGAGCAGUACUGCUGGCACAAAGUCGGACCUUUCGAUUAG